ACCCUUACAUGCAUAUAUGUCCGUGCGUGUAGUAUAGUUUAAGGAAACAUUCCCUUCAAAGGAUAAUAAUCACUCUCCUUUUGUUUCCCUACUUACAUAAAUCUUCUUCUACGCAUCAAGACGCAGUGAGAGAGAAGAGAGAGAAAGUCCGAUUGUUUCUCCAGUAAACUGCAAACCGACCUUGUGUCUGAAAAUGGCGUUGUGCAGGAAAAUGUCAAGUUGUCUACUGAUUUUGCUGAUUCUUAUUUCGACCUAUUUCAGUCUAAUGGCUAAUGGCAGACCAGAGCCAAGCUCGUAUGAAACCACUACUGGAGGUGAUCAAGACCUGAAGAUGCUGAUGAGAGGUUUAAUAGGAUCAAGUCCACCAAGAUGUGAGAGAGUGAGAUGUCGUGCGUGUGGACACUGCGAAGCAAUACAAGUUCCUACUAAUCCUCAAACAAAGCUCCGUCACUCUCCUUCCUCUGAGAUUAUCAAUCUUGAUUACACCAGAGGAGACGACAGUACUAAUUAUAAACCAAUGAGCUGGAAAUGCAAAUGUGGUAACUCUAUCUAUAACCCUUAAAGAGAUUUCUUACUCUUGAUCGAUACAUUUUAUUUCUUUGCUUUUGGGUUCAAAUUCUAAAAUAUCUGUGUACAUAUAUAUAUGCUUUAGUUGUAAUCUUC